AAAACAAUUUACGGCGCUGAAUCUUGCUGUUAUUUUUGAAAAGUAACCCCUAAACACAAGCAAAGCAUCAUAACGUCGUAUAUCACAGGUCCUUUAAUCGUCAUCUAGUGUAACGCGGGCUUUUUAUUUCGGACGAGAGCAGUUACGCCCAGUGCCACAGACCGCCGGGCGUGCCAGGGCUCCUCUGUCCACUGCGCGCUGUCUCACACUGCGGUGCAGCAUCCGGAGGACCGGCAGGAUGAGCACAACUCCUCUCCACACAGCUCCAUGCGCAUACUAGAUGACUGUAAACGCGCAAUGAUCGAUUCACGGUUUGCCCUUCCGUCAGCUGUCCGAAAUGAAACUCCUGGUUUAACACGGAUGCUGCAUCUUUUUAAUUAUGCAUAACUGUUAUGUUUGUUUUGGUUAGGAAUCAUCACGGUAUCUUUUCAAGGAACGCUAUGAAUGUGACGUGUAGCGGCUUUCUGAAGGAGAAGAGCAUCCUCUCCGUCACCGCUGAGCGGGAUCGGGCGUAUAACGGAGCAUCUUUUUUCUCAGCUGGACUAUAGUGCGGGGCCGCUCCUGUUGCUGAAGCCUGUGUGUGUACAUAUGCUCUUGAGCUCAAAGGAAUGAAUUGGACAUUUUUAUAAGGAAAAUAGAGACACAACGCGUCAAAAAAGCUCUUGGUAUGGCUGCGAAAUCCUUAGAGCCGGGGUCUGUUUCCAUUCCCAUGGAGGAGACCAAGCGUGCGGGAGGAGCCCCUCCAGAUGCUGCCAUGCUGACCCACCUGAAGAAGGUGGAGAACCAUAUCACAGAGGCACAGAGGUUUUCUCAUCUGCCUCAGCGUUCAGCAGUGGACUUGGAGUUUACAGAGCUCUCCUACACCAUCCGUGAGGGCCCCUGUUGGAGGAGGCGAGGAUUUAAGGCCCUCCUGAAGUGUCUUUCUGGAAAAUUCUGCAGUCGGGAGCUUAUUGGAAUCAUGGGACCCUCGGGGGCCGGCAAGUCCACUCUCAUGAACAUUCUUGCUGGCUACAGAGAGACAGGCAUGAAAGGACAAAUCCUGGUAAACGGGCGACCCCGUGACCUCCGCACCUUCAGAAAAAUGUCGUGUUACAUCAUGCAAGAUGACAUGCUACUGCCACAUCUAACAACACGAGAGGCAAUGAUGGUUUCAGCUAACCUUAAACUUAACGAAAACAUGGAAGUGAAAAAAGAACUGGUGAAUGAGAUCCUCACAGCAUUAGGACUGCAGGAGUGCGCUCACACUCGCACCAUUUCUCUGUCGGGUGGCCAGUGUAAACGGUUGGCUAUUGCUCAGGAGCUGGUCAAUAACCCACCUGUCAUGUUUUUUGAUGAACCCACCAGUGGUCUAGACAGCGCAUCCUGUUUCCAGGUGGUCUCCUUGAUGAAAUCUCUGGCUCAGGGAGGUAGAACCAUCAUCUGUACCAUCCACCAGCCCAGUGCUAAACUAUUUGAAAUGUUUGACAAGCUUUAUAUCCUGAGUCAAGGUCAGUGUAUAUAUAAAGGAACAGUACCGUACCUUAUCCCCUACCUGAAAAACCUUGGACUCCACUGCCCUACGUACCACAAUCCUGCAGACUUUAUAAUCGAGGUCGCCUCAGGAGAGUAUGGUGAUCUGAACCCUGUGCUCUUUGAGGCUGUUCAGGGAGGCCUGUGUUCAGAUGACGGCAAGAAGAACUCCAGUGACAAGAAUGAUGCCACCACAUCGUGUCCCUCCCAGUGUUAUAAUGAGUCAGGCUACAUUGAGAAACAUACUUUUGCUACCAGUACCCUCACACAGUUCUGCAUCCUCUUCAAGAGAACCUUUAUCACGAUAUGCAGGGACAUGGUAUUAACCCACCUGAGGGUGAUGUCACACCUGUGUAUUGGUGUGCUGAUUGGUCUGCUGUACCUAAACAUUGGGAAUGAUGCCAGUAAAGUGUUCAACAACACUGGCUUCCUGUUCUUCUCCAUGCUGUUUCUCAUGUUUGCUGCACUCAUGCCCACCGUCCUGACAUUUCCACUGGAGAUGUCUGUGUUUAUAAGGGAGCACCUUAAUUAUUGGUACAGUCUAAAGGCAUAUUACCUGGCCAAGACCAUGGCUGAUAUUCCAUUCCAGGUAAUUUGUCCGAUAAUGUACUGCAGUAUAGUGUACUGGAUGACAGAGCAGCCUCCAGAAGCAGGCAGAUAUGUGCUCUUUAUGGCCCUUUCCACCUCCACUGCCCUAGUGGCUCAGUCUCUGGGGCUUCUCAUUGGAGCUGCGUCCACCUCUCUACAGGUUGCCACAUUCGUAGGUCCAGUCUCUGCCAUCCCAGUCCUUCUGUUCUCUGGCUUCUUUGUCAACUUUGACACCAUCCCCAAAUACCUUCAAUGGAGUUCCUAUGUGUCAUACGUCAGGUAUGGUUUUGAGGGUGUGAUCCUCUCCAUCUAUGGCAUGAACCGCUCGGAGCUGGAGUGUCCCGGCCUGGUGUGUAAGUUCCAGAAACCGGAGGAGGUGCUGCAGCUGCUGGAUGUGGAGGACGCUAAGCUCUACGUGGAUUUUAUUGUUCUGGGGGUCUUCUUCUUCAUUCUGAGACUUGCCACUUACCUAGUUCUGCGUUACAAAGUCAAGUCAGAACGUUAGGGCCAAAACUCAUCAUCAGAUAUACAUUUAAUUUCACAUACACCCAUAAACUCUCAUAAAUGCACAUAAUUAUCUUUUGCAAUGGACACAGAAGCCAAUGCACAUUGAUUAUGGGGCCAUUUUUUGGCCAUGCAACAUUUAUCCUCAGUUUUUGUUGAUUCUUUAAGUAGAGAAUAGUAAAUUAAAAUAGAUUUUUUUUUUUUUUAUUCAAUUUUCAUUUUUGAAUGUAUUCCAUGCAUUAACAGUGUAAAUGCAUUUUACCCAUGACUGAACUUUGAAGCAUGAGUCUCUAUUGACAGGACUGGAUGUAUUUAUAAUGACAAUUCCAUGACAGCUCCUAAUAGCAUGUGGAUUGGCCAACAGCCAACAUGCGAGUGUCUAUAUUAAAGGAUCAUCACAUUGUCUCUCUGUUAAUGCAUUUAAUUCCAACUGAAGAACGUCAUCAAAAUGUGUUUCGGAAGAGAGUGCACUGCAAGCUUGGGGCACUUGAGGACAUGCAAGCAGCAGAAGCGAGAACUGUGCGUGAAGCAUUUGGGAUAUUACAGACUAUGAGAAAUAAUCAUCCAACCAGCGUAUCUUUAAUUCCAUUUUUGUCUUCCCACAAUACACUGAAUUUGAGGAGAAUAAUGCCUUUUGCUGAAUAUUAAGGCUUUCAUGAUCUCCCAA